UUACUCAUACAGCACGUUCGCUUUGCGUUCACUUGGGAUGUAAGUAGCAUAAAUUGCUAAGGCCUGUAUUUUGAACUCUCUUUUAUCGAUAAAAGUGUCUUAAAUGUGGCUUCUUAACCACAUGUGGUUCCUAAGCUACUUUUAUCGAUAAAACAGUGCGAUUUGCCUACGGUCGGUCGUCAUGUUGAAUUCUUUAAUAUCGCGUCGGGAGCGGUGUCCCGGGUGAGCUCGCCAGACUCGGAAAGAAAGAGAUGUAAUCACAGUUAGAUGUGAAAACUAAAUUAAAUUUAUUCAUGAUAACAGACAAGAAAGGUAAAAAGUAAUAAAGAUUCUGAGGUAUAAAUGCGCGUGAAAUCAGUCGGCGUAGUUCGGUGUCACGCUUUAUGAACAAACAUAAAAAGGAAAAAACGCGUUUACAUGCGAUACGUCUCGUUAGACGCGAUAUUUGGCUGCCGGUACAUCUGUUCGGCAUUCUUUGAACGCUUCCACUUUGUUUGAAUAUAAGAAAACCAAUUGAACGCAAAGCGAACGUACUUCGAAUAGUUACGUGUUGCUUGGGUGAGUUCUUUCUUAAUUCUCACGCGCUGUAAUCUUCUUUUUUAUCUUUAUCGUUCGUUACACGUCAAAGGAAGAUGGAAUGACGCUUUAUAAGGCGAGCAUCUAGGGAACAUUAAACUCAGCCAAGAUAACUUCACAAGAUAGGACGUACGUAAAACAUCAGUGCACAUAAUUCAGUUCAACUGGAAGGAUACGUUUUAUUCCACGUCAACAAUUAUGAUUUCAAACGUCAUAAGAAAAGUAUACUGUCCAGAUAUCAGUACAAUCAUACGAAAUGUUGCUGUUAGGUCGUUUUCACUACCAAAUUCUUCCGCAGCAUCUUCCCAAGAUAUUACAUACCAAGGUAUAUUUGGAGGCAUGGAAGAUGACGUUCUCAUGAAAGAUGUUGAAGAUUGCGGUGUGAUAGUGUUAAAUCGACCCAAAGCAUUGAAUUCCCUAAGUAUAUCCAUGUUAUCUAAGAUUCAACCCAUUUUAAAGGAAUGGGAAUCUUCGAAGAGAUUAGUAAUGAUAGAGGGUGCAGGUGAUAAGGCAUUCUGUGCAGGUGGUGAUAUUAAAGCACUUGUUUUAACAUUAAAUCAACCAAACGGACAUACUUACGGGCAGAAAUUCUUUAAAAAUGAGUAUAGCGUAAACCAUCAUAUUAGUGUGUACAAAAAGCCCUAUAUAGCUUUUAUGAGUGGGGUAACGAUGGGAGGUGGUGUUGGAUUGUCCGUGCACGGCAAGUAUAGAAUCGCUACGGAGAAGACGCUCUUUGCUAUGCCGGAAACAAUGAUAGGACUGUUCCCUGAUGUCGGCGGGACUUACUUCUUGCCCAGACUGAAAGGAAAAUUGGGUCUUUUCUUGGGAUUAACAGGACACAGAUUAAAAGGUGUUGACGUACUUCUCGCUGGAAUCGCAACACACUACGUGCCGUCGGAGAAACUCGCAGAUUUGAAGCGUGAUUUGCUGACGUCACCGAGCAGCAGCAUCGAUAACAUUUUAAAUCAGUAUCAGCCGAAAUUAAAUCACGAAUUCAGCUUAACACGUCACAUGUCGCAGAUAGACCAUUGCUUCUCCGCUCCAAACGUCGAGGAGAUAAUCGAGAGGCUGAAGGAGGAUAAUUCGGAAUGGGCACAAAAGAACUUGGAGAUAAUAUUGAAAGUGAGCCCGACCUCUCUUAAGGUGACGAAGAAAGCAAUCGACGAAGGAAAAGAAAGAUCUUUGGCGGAAUGUUUGAAGAUCGAAUAUAGAUUAACGUGUACCACGUUAAAGAAAGAAAGCGAUUUCUAUGAAGGUGUGAGAGCUCUCUUGAUCGACAAAGAUCAGAAACCGAUAUGGAAACCGAGUACUUUAGCCGAAGUUACAGAAGAAUAUAUAAACAAACGGUUCGCGCCGUUACCUGCUGAUUUGGAGUUAGAAUUGGGCCCGAGCAAAUUGUGAAAAGUAAUGGAGAGGGGGAAAUAAUCAUAUUUCAUGUCAUUAUUGGAGUUCUUAAAUGUUAUUUUUAUAUGUAAAUUUUAUAUUCAAAUGUUUAUUAAAAAUAUGAAAUAUGUA